CCUUUUCCAGCUCCGCCUGCUGCGGGGCCGGGGAAGGCGGGUCCCUCUGGGCGGAGAGGGGCCGGCCCAGAAGCGCCGCGAGCGGAAGACGCUCCCGAAGCGGGAGGAGGAAAGUUUGGGGAGGGUUUAAUUGUUGUGUGUACGCGGACGGGGGUGGGGGAGCGCUCUCCACUUUUGGGCGGAGGGAGGCUCCAUCCUUGGCAAGGGAUCCCUCCCUCCCCCGACUUCGGGAGGGCCCGAUCCGGCCCAGUUAGCUAGCCGGCCGGCCAUGGGAGACCAGGAGGCAGAAAGCGAGGAAGCGGCGGAAUUCCAGCGGCACUGGCGCCGCGAGUUCCCGGGAGAAGCGGCGCCGGCGCUGCGCCUGGACUCGGUGGCCGCCAUGGAGGAGGAGAUGAGCCGGUGCCGGCGGACGCUGCAGCGGCUCCAGCGGGCCCUGGCCGAGGAGAAGUUCAAAGUGGUCUACCUGGAGGCGGCGCUGGAGCGGCGAGGAGCCGGCGGCAAGCCGCCCCUCCCGUCCAGCCCCCGUGCGCCCAGGGCGCACAAGGAGACACCGAGGGCCCCCAGCCCCGACGCGCCCAGGGCGCACAAGGAGACACCGAGGGCCCCCAGCCCCGACGCGCCCAGGGCGCACGAGCAGACGCCGCGGGAGCCCCUCCAAGCCGCGCCCCUCGGCUCUUCGGGAGGGCCCCGCCGCCCGCCGGCUCCCCCGCCACCCCCUCCUCGCCUCUGGAAGCGGCCCCGGGGUCGGGACCUCCCCGACGGCUGCAACUCCACCGAGAGCCAUCUGUGCUUGGAGCGGGAAGGCGACUCCCCCGGCUGUGGCAGCGACCCCGAGAAAGGAGGAGGAGGAGGAGGAAGCAGCGACUGGAGCUGCAACAGCUCCGACCACGAGGAUGCCUCCUCCGUAGACUUCAACUAUGGCACGGAGGACUAUGACGCCGAGGGCAACGAGGAGCCCAAAGUGCCCCCUGGCAGCUCGGAGACCAUGCCGUACAUCGACGAAUCGCCCACCAUGUCCCCUCAGCUCAGUGCCCGCGGCCAAGAGGGCGGCAGCAGCAGAGACGGAUCCGAGAGCAUCUCACCUGCGCCUGCGGAUGGACUGGGUACCGUGGGUGGACAAGAUGCCGGCAAAGGCGUGGACAUGCGGAGGGUGGUGCUCAAGGAUUUCCUGGCCAACGAAGAGAUGUACAUCAACCAGCUGGAAGCGCUGUUGCUGCCCAUGAAGCCUCUGAAGGCCACCGCCACCACCUCCCAGCCUGUCCUCACUAUCCAGCAGAUUGAGACCAUCUUCUACAAGAUCCAGGACAUUUACGAAAUCCACAAGGAGUUCUAUGACAGCCUUUGGCCCCAAAUUCAGAACUGGGACAGCAGUGUGGUACUCGGCCACCUUUUCCAGAAGCUGGCUAGCCAGCUGGGGGUGUACAAAGCCUUUGUAGACAACUACAAAAUUGCGUUGGAGACGGCAGAAAAAUGCAGUCAGAGCAACAACCAGUUCCAGAAAAUCUCAGAGGAGCUGAAAGUCAAAGGGCCUAAGGGUGUGAAGGAGAGCCACACCUCCGUUACCAUGGAAGCCCUGCUGUAUAAACCUAUCAACCGCGUGACCCGGAGCACUCUUGUAUUACAUGAUCUGCUCAAGCAUACGCCUUCCAAUCACCCCGACUACCCGCUGCUCCAGGACGCUCUCCGCAUCUCCCAGAACUUCCUUUCCAGUAUCAAUGAGGACAUUGAUCCCCGCCGGACGGCAGUCACCACCCCCAAAGGAGAGACGCGGCAGCUGGUCAAGGACGGCUUCUUGGUGGAACUGGCCGAGGGUUCCCGCAAGCUGCGGCACGUCUUCCUCUUCACGGACGUCCUUCUCUGUGCCAAGCUGAAGAAAACAGGCGUGGGGAAACACCAGCAAUAUGACUGCAAGUGGUACAUGCCGUUGGCUGAGCUGGUGUUCCCAUCGCUGGAAGAAUCGGACUCAUGUCCGCAUGUCCACGCCAUGCCCGACCACGAUCUGGAGGACAUGAAGAUAAAGAUCUCCUCUAUGAAGAGUGAGGUGCAGAAGGAGAAGGCCAACAAGGGUCAGAGCCGAGCCAUGGAGCGCCUAAAGAAGAAGAUGUUUGACAACGAAUUCUGGCUCCUGCUCAACUCCCCGUCCAUCCCUUUCCGGAUCCACAACCGAAAUGGGAAAAGCUAUCUGUUCUUGCUGUCUUCCGACUACGAGCGGGCAGAGUGGAGGGAGGCCAUCCAGAAGCUGCAAAAGAAAGAUCUCCAGACCUUUGUGCUCAGCUCCGUGGAGCUGCAGGUCCUCACAGGGUCGUGCUUCAAGCUACGCACCGUGCACAACAUUCCUGUCACCAGCAAUAAGGAUGAUGACGAAUCUCCGGGGAUGUAUGGCUUCUUACACGUUAUCGUCCACUCUGCCAAGGGCUUCAAACAAUCUGCCAACCUUUACUGCACGCUGGAAGUAGAUUCUUUUGGCUAUUUUGUCAGCAAAGCCAAGACGCGGGUGUUUCGAGACACCACCGAGCCCCAAUGGAAUGAGGAGUUUGAGAUCGAGCUGGAGGGGUCGCAGUCACUGCGGAUCCUCUGCUACGAGAAAUGCUACGACAAGAGCAAGAUGAACAAGGACAACCACGAGAUUGUGGACAAGAUUGUGGGCAAGGGGCAGGUUCAGCUGGAUCCCCAGACAGUGCAGACGAAGAACUGGCAUAUGGAUGUGAUUGAAAUGAAUGGGAUCAAAGUGGAGUUCUCUAUGAAGUUCACAAGCCGGGACUUGAGCCUUAAAAGGACCCCAUCGAAAAAGCAAACAGGAGUCUUCGGUGUAAAAAUCAGCGUCGUCACAAAGCGUGAGCGCUCCAAAGUGCCAUACAUCGUGCGCCAGUGCGUGGAAGAAGUGGAAAAGCGCGGCAUUGACGAAGUGGGGAUCUACCGGAUCUCAGGGGUGGCCACAGACAUCCAGGCCUUGAAAGCGGCCUUUGACUCCAAUAGCAAAGACAUCCUGAUGAUGCUGAGCGACAUGGACAUCAACGCCAUCGCGGGCACCCUGAAGCUGUAUUUCCGUGAGCUUCCUGAACCCCUCCUCACGGAUCGGCUUUAUCCUGCUUUUAUGGAGGGUAUUGCACUCUCUGACCCUUCGGCCAAGGAGAACUGUAUGAUGCAUCUUCUGCGUUCUCUGCCUGAUCCCAACCUUAUCACAUUCCUCUUUCUGCUAGAACACUUGAAACGGGUUGCCGAGAAGGAGCCUAUCAACAAAAUGUCCCUGCACAAUCUAGCCACGGUGUUUGGCCCCACAUUGUUGAGGCCUUCCGAGCUGGAGAGCAAAGGGCACCUCAGUUUGGCCUCGGACAUCUGGUCUCACGAUGUAAUGGCACAGGUGCAAGUGCUCCUAUACUAUCUACAGCAUCUGCCCAUCUCCUUUGCUGAGCUCAAACGCAACACGCUCUACUUCUCCACAGAUGUGUAGCCCCUGGGCUCUGCAGCCGAGCAACAGUUUGUUUCCUAUACAGAGGGGUGCAGCACAGACUCAAAACCUGGGCACUGAUCCUGCUGAGGACAAUGGUGCUGCCCUGGACAUACACUGCCCACACCUCAUGGGACGAUUUUGUACAAUCCCUGGCCUCCACCGCACCAGCCCCUGCACUCUCUCUUUUUCCUUUCUGCACGGUGGUCCAUGUCUCUCAUACUUCUCAUGUUCAGGAGUCACUUUUACAUAAGUUCGUUGAGCAGCAGAAAGGGAGUGAGCGACAGAUGAUUUUGGAGACGCGGCUUGUUUCUUUCCAAAAGUCACCAUCUUCCAGUUCCAAUAGAGCUUUACUGCAGCCAAGUCCCCUCCUCUUCCAGCCCGCCCCACCUCGCCAUCCGCAACAACGCCUGACCUUCUCGCACCUCUCCUUUGUGGCCUGCAUGUAUGGUGCUUGCUUGGAUUUUCCUGCUUUGGAGGCUUAAAAGAAACCAAGGACUCCAUUUCCCCCCUCCCCCCAUCCAGACGACACUCCGCUUUGUCUCACUGGGCCGUGCAGAGGCCGGAUCUGGUGGAUGAACUCCGCAGUCUCUUCAACCCACCACCACCACCCUACCUGUCGGUCUGCCCUGAAGGAGCUCCACAUGGUGGGCUGAAGCUGGCAGCGUUUUUAUUUUUUUAAGAGUCUUUGUCUAUUCCAGGUCCCUUUUUUUAUGCUGGGGAGCCUCUCGUCUUGUGAUCCCUACGCUUUGCGGCUGUGCAUACCGUGGGGGUGUAAAGCCAUCUUCCUCCUUUUUAUUCUGUCAAAACGUUCUUAAAGGUAUACUGAUGGCAGGAAAAUGAAGAGAAAGUGGCUGUUUGCUAGUCCUAGAUGCGUGCACCAGAGAAAGGGAUACCUCUCCCCCCUGCCCCCCAGCUGUGCUGUCCCCUAUCGGUUUAUUUAUGGUUACCUUCUUGGGGCUAAUUCAGUCUUAAUCCUUACAAAGGAAAGCAGAUCUUAAUAACGGCAAAUGAGAGCCCACCCCCCAUUAUUUAGCUGGGCAACAGGACACAUUGGGAAGGCAAGAGUCUGGCUGCCCUACAGAUGCAACCAUCAGCCAUGCCUUUGCCCAUGGUCCAUGCCAGGGAGGCAGCUGGUAUUUUCUGGCCCUACCUCCUCAACAUGGCUUCUCCUGCUAAGGGGCUGUUGGGCUCCUUUUUACCUCUCUCUGUGUGUGUGUGUGUGUGUGUGUAAGUAAGUAAGUGGGGCAGUUCCUCCUUGUCUCAUCCAGCAUGGCUUAUACAGGGUUCAACUAAAGCAGACUCAGGUUGAGUGUGGAAGGGAGGUCUCCCUUGUGGUGGAAACCCCUCCUUAGGGAUUUUAGGUAAACAUAAAACCCCAUUUUUGUUAUGUUUAAGUUGAAUGUGAAAAGUGCCAUUUCAGCCCUUAACAGGCACCCAGCUAUGUCCCUGUUUUUCUCUGUGUGUCGGAAAUAAACGGCUCAUUUGGUGUCUCUUUACGAACCCUCCUCCCAACCUGCUCAAAAAUUAGUUGAAAAGAUUGACACAAUUAUCACACGUCCGUUUUCUUUUCUUUUAGGAGCAAUUCAGUGGCUUGGAGCUCUUCCCCUCACCCGCUGUAACUACCCUGUCUGGGUUGGCAUUUUGCUGGGGCCAGCAGGAGAGGACAGGACUUCUUUCCUCCUCAUGUCAUUGCCGACCCUUGAGAGGGCUCUGAGUUCCUGUUCUCCAUCUUGCUCGCAUGCUCCUGGUGCCAAGUGGGAACCCAGCAAUGCGCUUAAUCUGCUGGAUAGGUAGCCCAAUGGCUCACCUUGGUUCCACCACCCCAGCUCAAGGAAGUAUUGCCGUGCCAUGCCUGCCCCUGCGCGUUAGGUAGCUAGUCACACUUUCUGCCCAGGAAGGUAGAAAGUUGCGUGGGACACACAGUUCAGGGGCCAGAAAUAUUUUACUGGCCAGAGGAUUUAUUUGGUUGGUUUGGUUUCUUAACCACCCUGCUGCACAGCAGAUCUUUGUGGGUCUGCAUCUACCUGCAUCCCUGUGUCUGUUGUAGCUGAAGUUGUCCCCAUGGAGAGUAUGUAAGCCAGAUUUCCUACUACCAGCAUAGCUCUCCCCACCCCCCCAGAUAACUGCACUUGUCCUUUUUUCUGACCAUGGGAGAGGGGAGACUGGGACUCCUGGAGCUACAGGUAGAGUAGAAACUGUUAUAAUUGAUAUUUGACUUGUUUAAGGAUAUAUAUUAUAUAUAUAUAUAUAUUUUUGGUUGUGUUCCGUUGCAGGUUCCCCCCACCCCCUUCUGUAGAUGAAAAACUUUAAAUGGAUGUAAACCAUGUGAGGAGAUUUUAAAAAAAACUUAAUAAAAUGCAAAGCCCAAACAUUUGCACAAAUUA